AUGCCCACCACAAAUCGACCGACCAAACUGUCGAUCGAUGCAAUCUCCGAUCCUGCGGAGAUUAAGUCUGUGAUGAGACAUGUAUUCAAUGAUGCACAAGCCAAUGCGCUGGGACAUCGCAAGCUCAUUGUGGUUUUGAAGCAUUUGUGGCGAAAACUGCAGGAGCUUUCAGCGACAAGUCAGUUUAUACACUUCUUCACACAGCUUAUAAACUACGUACUUCCUUGCAAGCGAGGGGAAAAGAGUGCUGAUCGAAUCAUCAAGUUUGUGGGUCAGUUUGUUGGCGAGUUAAGUCGUGAUGAGGACUCCCAUGAUCUGGUCCAAAUGGUCAACUAUUUGAUGCUGCAUUUGAUCCGUGGUGCUCAUUCGAGAGACAAGUAUGUCCGGUACCGAGUUGUACAAACGAUUGCCCACACUGUGAGAUCAUUAGGUGAAAUCGACUCGGAAACUUUCAUCACAUUGUACGAUACACUCAUCGAAAAAACCCAGGACAAAGAAAGCAUUGUGAGAAUCCAAGCUGUCGAAGCCUUACUGAGGUUUCAAGGUGAAGGCGACGAUGGCUCUAUUGGUGAUGCAAAGAAGCAUUUGUUAACUUUACUCUGUGACGAAUCCGCUGAAGUUAGACGCGCUGUGCUUUUGAACUUGGACAAGGAUAGUUCUACAUUACCAUCUUUGCUAGCUCGAUCUCGAGACAUAUCUUCUGUUAAUCGACGACUUGUGUUUUCUCGCGUUGUUCGUGACUUGGGCCUUACCAGCCUUGAUGAAAAGCAAACUGAGCAGCUUUUGAUGAGCGGGUUGAACGAUCGAGAUGAAACCGUGAAAGGCGCAACGAUAAACUUAUUAGUCAAUGGUUUUCUUGCCUCUUGCAAUGGAGAUAUAUUUGAGCUCUUAUCUCAGCUACGCCCAGACUGCAGUGAGGUCGCAGAGCGGGUACUUCGAGGUAUUUUUGAGACACGUCCGGAGUUAAUUCCUACUAGAACGAUGGAUCGUGAGUUCCUUCAGCAUCUUGGAAUUGAGCAUGCCUUCUUCUUUCGCGUGUAUUACGAUUUUUGCAGCAACAAGAAUCUACACGAAAUCAUUGAUCAAAAAUUCCCUGACGCCGUUGAGUUACUGGAAACGCUAGGGCGUUAUCUAUCUUUGCGGCGGCAGAUGUUAGAUGACAAUACUACUCUGACAGGAUCAUUGCGAGAGUAUGAGUCAAGGCUUCGCGAGAUUGACAACCAAAUUUUCCAUAAUCAAAAUUUAACCGUUGAAAGUGGCCACGAUAUGGAAGUUUUGGACAAAAAGCUUAGGGCAUUCCCUGAUUUUCGAAACCUCAAACCUCAACUUGAAGUCUUGAAAUUGCGCUUGACUCAAAUGGAAAGGCGAGAAAGUCAUCAAUCAAGCCGAGCUUCAAAAGUCACUUCGAAACGGACCAAACUGAGAAGAGUGAACCACUCAGGGAAAGGCCACAACGCUGGCGCGGAAGCGUCCGGAAGGGACACCGAAGAGGACGAAGAAGAGGAAGAAGAGGAAGAGGAAAAAGAGGAAGAGGAAAAAGAAAAAGAAGAAGAUGAGGACGAAGAAGGCAAAGAAAUCCUUUUGAAUAAAUCUCAUAAUUCAUUUAUGGACGAAGAUGGAGAUGAAGACAAAGAAGAAGAAGAUGAAGACGAAGAAGAUGAAGUCGAAGAUGAAGACGAAGAAGAUGAAGUCGAAGAUGAAGACGAAGAGGAAGAUGAUGGUGAUGAUGGUGAUUUUAACGACAACGAUGAGGAUGCAGAAGUAAGUGACGAAGAUGACGAAGAAUUCGGAGAAGAAGAAGAAGAUAGCGACGCUAACCAAUCAAACCACGAUGCUACAACCGAGGACAAGCAACUUUCCGAUUUCAAAAAGCUGCUCAGAGGCAUGUCCAAGGCUGAUUUGACGAAAACAUACAAACAGUUGAAAGACAAAGCCAAAAGUAUGCGAAAAGAAGUAAAGGAUUUGAAUGCUCAUGGUUUGAGACUCAAGGAGAUUCAUGAGGAAGCUAUUCGCCUAACUGAUUCUUUCUCAGAGCAGAAAUACAAUAUACUCCUCGAAAAGCCCAAGGAAACGACCGAACUUGAAGCCAACAUAAAAGAUUUGGAAUUUAUCAUCGAGCAACUCUUAGAUGUUGCUAAGAACUAUGAUUUUUCGGAUGAGCUCGCGAGACGUGAGAUGAUGCUGUUGAUGAGACAAUGCUUAACCAAUGACAACUUAAGCAACGGUCUUGUGAAAGCGGCUUUCCAAGUGAUUCACAGACUUUCAAUCAACGAAAAAGAUUUUGUGCAGUUGGCUACGGAAAUCAUAACUGAUAUCCGUGAUUCGUGGGACGAUGAAGAUGAGGAAUUCCACUCGGCGAUGCUGGUUAUGGAGGAUGAUGACGAGGCAGAGGAGAUACUGGAGGAUGAUUCACAAGUUCAACACAAAAAACGAAGGAUUGCCCCUAAGAAUCCUCCCGAUGAAGUGGUGAUCCAAUGUCUUCAAAUGAUUCAACAUGUAUUAGAAAUUGUGGAGGAGCCUCUUGUGAAUAAUCCCCUGUUAGAAUCCUUUUAUUACGGUAUUGUUAAUUACGCUUUACAACAGCGGGAUAAGUAUCUCCUACAUACUUUGGGUCUUCGAUGCUUGGGGCUAUAUGGACUCAUCUCAGCUAAUAUUGCGACGAACGCGUUGUUCACAUUCAUAAAAGCAAUGCACCGGUACGGCCAAGAGGUGUGUUUGAUUGCAAUUCAAAUGAUGGUUGAUAUAUUUGCAACACAUGGGUUAAGUGUUGUUGCCUCAGAGCAUAUAUUCCAAUUUGCGCGUAUGUUCCACAAAACGUUGAAUUCUUAUCGUUAUCCCAAAUUGCAAUGUACAGUGGCGGAAGGCCUAUGCAAAUUGCUUUUGGCUGAUUUAUUUGUUGGCCAGGGUGAGUAUGCAACGACUUCAGAAAAAGAGCUUUUCGAGUCAGUCUUGCUUUGUUUCUUCGAUAAUCGUAUUGUGGAGAAUGAUGAAUUGAAGCAAGUGCUUGCGUUUUGUAUACCGGUAUAUGCCUUUUCACACCCCAGCCACCAAAUCAGAGUUGCUCUGGUGCUGGGUGAUUGUCUUUUCCGAUUAUUUGCAUCGCUGGACGCAAAUCUGAGCGACAGCGUGAUUCCUGCUUCCAAUGUCGUUCAACAACUCAUCUACUGGUGCGAUCCCAAUAACUUGGUAAAUGUGAAAACAAAGGAAGUGGAACUGCUGAUGGCCCACAUUUGGCAAGCUAUAUACUUUUUACAAGCUGUUGAGCAAAAUACCCCCAGGGUUGUUAAAAGAGCGAUUCUAUCCAACUUGAUGAGAAUGCUGAUUUCACUGUCGCUUCAACCAACCGAGCUCGAAGGCUUGUUGUCGGCUAUACGGGAAACAAAAGAGCUACUUUUGAGUCGCAAAGACCAACCUGAAUUUUAUCUCGACAAGUCGACUUGGCGCAAUUUUGAGAUUUUUGAAGGUAUGAUAAUUGCAGCACAUGAGCAUCUGGUUAUGCUUCAUGCGACACAACCAUCCACUAGAGGAUCGAGCAUGAUCACAAGUCGAGCAACUUCGACAACACCAGAGCCAUCUGUUCAUGACAGUAGCAGCUCUAAAAUCGAGCAUGUCGAUGCCAAGACAGUCAGCGAACCUUCACAUGCUGCAGCUAGCAAACUGACCGUUGAUGAAUCAUUGAAGGAGAUUGACGAGUUGUUGGAGGCCGAAGAAAAUGUUGAGUAUAAUAUCUAG